AUGGGAUGGCCGUUUAUCUGGGCAGAGUAUCGCCGUUCAUCGUUGGAAGUAGAUAGAGUUCCACGCUUUCAACUUCCACGUCUGCUGCCACGCUGUUGAUGCCACGAAGCUGUUGUAUCUUGUGCCAGACGAAGUCUCUCGGUGGCCUUCGCAGUACGAACAGGGCAAAGAUAAGGACACCUUGAAGAGCGUUUAUAAGGUCGAAGGAGGACCAGUCGAACGAGUCCCCGUCGACGAACCAGGAUAUCAGUUCCAUCAUCCAGUUGAAGCCCAUCAACGAGAACACGAUCAUGCAAACGAUCGCGGUGCGCAUAAGACGGCGCAGGUACUUCCGGUCGAGCCGAUCGGACUGCUGAUUUCUCGCCAGACGCCUCAAGUCAAGAUCCCUUUGGUAUUUCGUCAACUUGACGAAAAUGAAAACGAAAAGCAACACGUUGCCAAGGAGCAGCAGCCCGACCGGAGCAGCCUGCCUUGCCGGAGUUUGGCUUUACGUAAGUGGCGGGUAUUAUCGGGCCGAGGUCCAUGAUCAUCGAGACUAGGAUAAGUAUCACCGAGGGACCCCAGCACCAUAAAGAGUACCAAAAGAACAACGUCUUCGGCUUCAUCCGUUUGUACGUCUCCCGGUCCACGUAGACGCGCACCAAUGACCACAUCUCGAUGCACAUGGCGUUCAGCCAGAAGAAGCACGCGACAAAGGAGAACUGGACGACGAACGCUGGAAAUGCCAAUUUUUCGUCUCGAAAGAAUCGCAUGGACUUUACUUUUAUAUAUCGUGUAACGUGCCAUCUAUCUAUCUAAACCAGCUUCUCCUGAUUCACCGAAUGCAAUAUGAGAGAUUUCAUGAAUUCAGAGAGUUCAUG